AAAACGCCUAUGGAUCAUUUCCUGCGACUUCUUCUCCUCCACUUAAUAUCUUCCAUUUUCCCUCUUACUAUGUUUAUCCUUUCUUCUUCUUCUUCCUCCUCCUCCUCCUCUCCCUCUGUUCCUUCUUCACUGCCUUCAUUUUCCCUCUCUCCCUCCAUUUCUCUCUCCUUCUCCAGGGUUUCAUUCCCUCCUUCUUCCUCUUCUCUCAAGCUUCCUCCCCUUUCUCUUCAGUUCGCAUCUCCCAAGCUUUCUCCCCCCUGCUCCCUUCGCUUCUCCGCUUCCAGAGCAAUGGCGGAGCUUGUCCAGGACAAGGAGUUCGCCAACAGUCCCGCCACCGCUGAUGAAACGAAGAAUGACCCAUCUCACUCCCGCGCAUUUCUCGAUGUUCGCUCCGAAGAAGAGUUGCUCUCCUGCAUCAGGAAGGAAACAGAAGCUGGAAAGCUACCUUCUAAUGUUGCUGCAGGAAUGGAAGAAUUAUAUCAGAAUUAUAAAAAUGCUGUUUCUGAGAGUGGAAAUCCAAAGGCAGAUGAAAUUGUUUUGUCUAACAUGACUGUUGCAUUAGAUCGCAUAUUGUUGGAUGUCGAGGAUCCUUUUGUGUUCUCACCACACCACAAAGCAAUUCGAGAGCCUUUUGAUUACUACACGUUUGGUCAGAACUAUAUCCGUCCACUUAUUGAUUUUGAAAAUUCAUUUGUCGGUAACCUUUCUCUUUUCAAGGAUGUAGAAGAGAAGCUCCAUCAGGGUCACAAUGUUGUCUUGAUAUCAAAUCAUCAGACUGAAGCAGAUCCAGCUAUUAUUUCAUUGUUGCUUGAAAAGACAAAUCCAUAUAUUGCUGAAAACAUGAUCUAUGUGGCAGGGGAUAGAGUUAUUGCGGACCCUCUUUGCAAGCCCUUCAGCAUUGGAAGGAAUCUUAUCUGUGUUUAUUCGAAAAAGCACAUGCUCGAUAUUCCUGAGCUUGCAGAAACGAAAAGGAAAGCAAACACACGAAGUUUAAAGGAGAUGGCUGUACUUUUAAGGGGUGGGUCGCAACUAAUAUGGAUUGCACCCAGUGGUGGCAGGGACCGACCGGAUCCAUCGACUGGAGAAUGGUACCCAGCACCCUUUGAUGCUUCUUCAGUGGACAACAUGAGAAGGCUCAUUCACCACUCGGGUGUUCCUGGUCAUUUGUAUCCCCUUGCUUUAUUAUGUUACGACAUCAUGCCGCCUCCUUCACAGGUAGAAAUCGAAAUUGGAGAAAAAAGAGUGAUUUCCUUUAGUGGGGCGGGUUUGUCUGUGGGUCCUGAAAUCAGCUUCGAUGGAAUUACUACUGCUACCCGUGAAAAUCCUGAUGAGCAGGCUAGGGAGGCAUACUCGAAGGCACUAUUUGAUUCUGUGGCCAUGCAGUACAAUGUUCUCAAAGCUGCUAUCGACAGCAAACAAGGUCUAGGAGCAUCAACUGCGGAUAUCUCUUUGUCACAACCUUGGAUCUAAUCAGUUGGAAUCAUUUUUCACGUUCAAUUCAUUUGAUAAUCAGGGUCAGGACAUAAUUUGACAGUCUCACAACUCACAAACGCCACUGGCCAUUCGUUUCAUGCAUGAACCGUAAAAGGAAUCGAUUCUUUCACUCAUCGAUGUCUCAAGGGAAUUUUGCCAAUUUACAGGCCUAUCCCUACCCCAAGCAUGUGCAUUUCAAUAGACAUAGAAACUGCCUCAAAUACUUGGCCUCGCUUGGUAAUGUACAGAUCUUUUAUAUCAUUUAGAAAAAGGACACACUGGUUAUUCGUACUAUUUCUAAAGUGUAUAUGUUUUCACUACCAUUAUAAACUUCAUGAAUUAGUAUGCUCAAUUUGUACCAUGUCUUCUCUUUCUGUUGAUACCUUUCAAUAUAGAACAAUAAUUUUACUCAAAUUCAUUCCCGUUUGUAUGA